AUGGUGUCUCAGAAUUCAAAUACAGAGCCAAGUAUUCCCCACCAAUUCAUCACCCCUUAUGCCAUGACUAGUCAACCUCAAGUUUGGAGCCAAAACUGUGGUGAUUUAGGCACCAACAGCAUUCAUUCUAUUGGGGAGAGAAUGUCCAGAGCUGUAGACUUAGUUCAUUCUCCUCAAGCCAGAAAUGUGAUGGAUCUUCUUGGAUCCCAGAAACUCUCACUUUCUUUAGGGAUGGUGAAUCCGGGUUUUGUUAAUCCAGGAAUGGGUUGUUUCAGUAGUGAUUAUUCUUCUUCUUCUUCAACCUCAGUUUCCACGUUUUCUGGAGCUGAAUCUUUCGCCGCCAUCAUUGCUCACUCCAAAUACUUAAGACCUGCACAGUCCCUUCUUGAAGAAGUGGUUAGCGUCGGUGGCAAGGCCACAGAUUCCAGCAAUGAGAGAUAUAUCAGAAGAUUAUCGCCGUCCGGCAAGAAAGGAUCUUUGGGUUUCCGUUCCAUGGUGAAUGCAGAGCUCCCAAGUAACGAGAAACACGAGCUCCAUAGUAGAAUCAUGGCGCUCAUUGCCUUGCUUGAAGGGGUGGAAAGAAGAUACGAGCAAUAUCAUGAUCGAAUGGAAGAGCUGGUAUCAUCAUUUGAGGCCAUUGCAGGAGUGGGAGCAGGGAAAUCCUACACUGGACUCGCACUCCAAGCCAUGUCCAAGCAUUUCUGCAGCUUAAGAGAAGCAAUCGUGUCUCAGAUAAACACCCUACUGCAAAAAUUAUCAGAAGAACUGCCCACAGGGCUGCUUGACAGGGAGGCUGGGCUUCACAAGAUGUUUCUUCAACAGCUGGGAAUGAUUCAAAGCUCCAGGCAAUCAUGGCGCCCAAUCAGAGGCCUCCCAGAGACUUCAGUAGCAACUCUUCGCGCUUGGCUAUUCCAACACUUCCUUCACCCCUAUCCGAAUGAUUCGGAGAAGCUUAUAUUGGCAUCACAGACAGGAUUGACAAAGAAUCAGGUUUCAAACUGGUUCAUAAAUGCUCGAGUUCGACUAUGGAAGCCUAUGAUUGAGGAAAUGUACAGAGACGAGUUUGCAGAGUCGUCGGAUCCAUUGUUAGCUAGUUCGGCUACCAGACAAUCUGUCGCAGAUUCUGCCGAGGAAUGACACUAAACCUUAAUCAAGCUCACAUUUUUCUCUGAUUCACAUUUUCUAAUUAUGUUAAUGGAACUUUGAGGUUUCUUGAUUUGGAAAUGGAAAAAAAAUCCUUAA